UGUUUUACGAGAACCACUAAAAAAAACCCCACCAAAUGAAAUUACUAUUUCUCCACACAAGUCGUGACUACUGUCCACUCUUGGAUGAAAAUCGCGUAUCGCGAAACCUUAUCACCUGUAUCUUUAUUUUGAUAGCAGUACGCAUCGUUAAAAAUGCUUGACGAAGCAAAACAGAAAAAAGUGGUGCAAAAACGCUUUACGCGAAAGAGAGAAGGUACGAAGCAAAUGAGAGAGAGAGAGCGCCGGGAACACCGCGGAGGUACCUGCAGCAGUCAGGUCUUCGAGGUAGUGUGCCGUGGCCAUUACCGUUGCUCCUCGUGAUCGCAAAACUUCGCGCUCGCUCUUCUGGAGCUCCAAGAGUCUUCAGUGUGGUGGCCAGAAGUGCGCUCGUCGGCGGUUUGUUUUUUGCCGAUUAUGCACUCUGGCCUGAAAGUGCCAGAAGUGCCCAAAAGGUCCGCCAGUACGAAUCGGUGCGGGGUUAAUUACGGAUCGUGUGGCUUCAACGUGAAGUUCUUUUGAAGUUUUUCGAGGAAGAAAUCGUUUUGGAGUGACCUUCGAGCGUUAUAAUUAGCACUGUGUGAAAAAAGCCUAAAUGAGUGAUAACCAAAUGAAUGCCAUACUCAAGUGAUAACAAAUCGUUGAAUCAUCCUCAUUUGAACAAAAUGACCCAACCGUCGCCAAAGCCAACACCGUCCUCGUCAAAACCGUGGUCUUCGGGGGCGAUAUUUCGUUCCCAAAGUGUGCUCGCCUCAUCGUCGCUGUCUCUCUUUGAAGGUAUUUCCUGGAGUCACAAGUUUGGAUCGCUGAACCGGCGCCGGAAGAAUGCUGGUGGCCCCUCGAUGGUCAUAACAUCGUGUCCCCACCUGGAGGUGCCCGGAUGGCUGACCCGGCUGGAUCUGGACGAGUAUCAAGACAAAUUCAAACAGUUCAACGGCGUCGAAGACUUCCUGUACUACAGCGAGGCGGACAUCAAGAAGCUGGGUAUUCGCAACAAUGCUCACCGAGCGCGGAUCAUCAGCAGCCUGGUAGCACUGCGGGAGAACCCAUCAACAGGAAGUUUAAAACGAGCAGAAACGCUACGAAAAGUGGUCCGGCACAGUGUGGCGGUUGAUUCCAGUCGGAAAGUGGAGCAGAAUGAAUCUCAGGAUGCUGUCUAUGAGUGUCUGACGGCCAGCAACGCGAAGCAAAGUAAGAGCCUGGGCGAUCUGUUAGAUAUGGAAACGACGACCCCGGACGGCGGCAACGAGUCGGUCGCCCUGAAGAAGGCCCUCGAGUGGGAGCUGUCGCUGGACUCGCGGGAUUUGCGAUCGCACGCCUGGUACCAUGGGCCAAUUCCGCGGCAACGGGCCGAGGAGAUCGUCCAGAAGGAGGGCGACUUCCUGGUGCGCGAUUGCGUCUCCCAGCCGGGCAACUACGUGCUGACGUGCCGCACCAAGGGCCCCACGCUGCACUUUGUUAUCAAUAAGCUACUGAUUCAGCCUGAAACCGUAUACGAGAGAGUACAAUAUCAGUUCGAGGACGACGCCUAUGACACAGUUCCUGAUUUGAUAACGUUUUAUGUAGGCUCAGGAAAAUCCAUUUCGGCAGCCUCCGGAGCACGGAUCCAGUUCCCCUGUAAUCGACUGUACCCGCUGUCGUUCUACGCUUCCAAGUAUGGCCAGCACGGCGGCAUCGGUGGCAUCCGAGGGCCCAGCCCACUUAAUUCGCCCUCGCCGGUGCCCUCGUCGCCUGGAUUUAGGUACAACCCGUACACCCAGCAGCCAAACACAUAUCGAAGUCCGAUGUCUUCGCCCCCGCGAACCAAGCGCGAAACCCCGCCCCGUCUUCCCUCGAAGAAGCAGCGGUCCCAGUCGUUGACGCCGCUGCAGGGCGGUCCCCAACCCGGCCAGCAGCGGUACUGCAGCGCCGACGGUGUGAUACAGCCACAGCCCGGGCAGCAGCAGCAGCAUCAGUCCAACGGCGGUUCCGACGGUGGCCACAGCAAAACUCUUCCAAAGCAACCUUCCUCGCGGUUCACCACCACCGGAUCGACGGAAAAGUGCAACAGUGCCGAUGGAGUUAUCCAUGGGACGGGUAAUUCUGGGGUUGGUGGGGAGGAGAAGUGCUCCAGCGCGGAUGGGGUGGUCAAGACGUCGAUGUCACGUUCUGGUUCGCAAUCGUUGCCACGGUCGAACAGUUUGAGAUCUUCCCACGGAAUGCUGGGCUCGCGAACGUCCAGCAUUAACAAGGAGUCCAGCGAACACUCGCUCAGUCCUUGCAUCGAACAGAAGCAGUUUGCCGAGGACGAGGAGGAGGCGGACCAGGCGCCAAGUCCUCCGCCGAAGCCGAUUCGAGGAGGGGGUGGUGGCAACGGAGGUGGACUUCACCGGAAAGAUUCUAUGAAGGAAGCCGAUCCUCAUGGAGCGAUCCACCGGAUGGGUUCGUACCAUCCGAGUGGUUCGGACUCGGGCAACGGAUCUGGAGAUUCGGCUCAGAGUUCGGCGGCUGGUGAAGAGAUUGUUCCGCAGCAUCGCGGUGGAGUGAUCUUGAAGAAUCCGCGCUUCAUCCCACACUCGAUGUCCUCGAUCACGCUCCGAUCGUACGCCGAUUUUGAUCCGUUGGCCGCCGAGGAGGCACUGUUGGCGAUGAGCGCCCCUGUAUUCGAGCAGGUCUCGAGAUAUGAUUUGGAAAAUUUUAACACGCUUCUGUUGCCGUUCUGUGAUUACAAACCGCUCGAUAGUGGAACGCUGUCAACGUUCCGGAUGAUGCUGCAUGAAACGGGUUCGCGAGUCAUCGCAACUCACCUCACCAGAGUGGAUAUUAGCCUAAUUUUAGAAAAAGACGAAUCCCUGCAGGACAACCCGCUCAACUGCACCGGCCUGGAGCUGAUCACGCUCGAGCAGGGCCGCCAGUUCCGGCUCGAUUUGAUCGAACGCACCGAGUGCAUCAAGCUGCUGGUCGCGGUCACAAUCCUCACCUGCCAGGACGACCUCGAGCGGGCCGAAACGCUCAACAAGUGGAUCCAGGUGGCGGUCGAAACCAAAACUGCCCUCGGCAACCUGUUUGGCUUCUGUGCCAUCAUGCUGGGGCUGUCGAUGCCACAGAUUCAAAAGCUCGAGACCACGUGGCACACGCUGCGCCAAAAGUACACCGACAGUGCAUUUAAUUUCGAAGCCAAACUACGACCAACGCUCAACAGCAUGAACGACUGCUCGAAUCCGCAGGCACCGAACACGACGAUACCGCACUUACUGCCAUACAUACUGGUUAAGGAUCGCACCAUCAACGACGUACUAGUUGACCCGUCCCAGGCGCAAAGCUCGACCCUUGUGCAGAGCUGCGUGACCACGUGGGAAACCAUCAGCCAGGACUUUGGCUUCUCGAUACUGUUUGCCCACCUGGACGCGGCCCGGAGUUUCGUCAACAACCUGUCGCUGUACAAGAAGAACGCGGCCGGCGUGAUGCAGGACACCAGCCGGUACGACGCGCUGCUCGAGGACGCGUUCCGGACCGAGUUCCAGGUCAAGUUCCUGUGGGGCUGCAAGGGCUGUUUCGUGCCGGCCGAGGAUCGUCACGCCAAGUUCGAGCACGUGCUCAGCGUGAUGGCGGACAAAUUCUGCGGAGGAGCCGCAGAACCCCACACACUCAACGCUGCCGGCUAAAAAUUUUCUCUCCGCUCUUUUUUCACGCGUCAUCGUAGGAAAAAAAAACAAAAACACAAUUCAAAAUUUUACCAUCAGCGCAAAACUCUCAUCUGAUAGAACUAUUAGCUCAAAUAUUGAAAGACCUACGGAAAUGAAAAUCAAACGAAACAAUAAUAAUGAGAUCGCGAAAAAUCUGCCAUGUGAAAUGACCUAAGGUUCGUUUUUUGGAAGUUGUUUAAACCAGAUUUAAAAAAUAAUAGUUGUAACGAAUAUCGAAGAAUAAAUGUUCGCGAUUUAAGGAGUAUGCUGCCUCAGCACAAUGUCCGCGAGUUUGAAUCGAUUUUUUGAGAAACAACUAAAUCAAAGCUAGUCACAAAUAUUGUAUCGAAGUACUUAGACGUUUCCUUUUUUGUACAUGAAGUGGGGGCAGAAUCUUGGUGAUUUUAUAGUACUGUAUUUAUUUCACAAAUACAAAACACCGUUGGUUGAGCCAUAGUUUAUAAUUAUCGCGAGAAUGGAAUUACAGUUUUAUAGAAUAUAUUAUACAGUUCAUAAUGUUUGCGGUAAGUAAGUAAACUAUAAAAGAAGUAUUCUUUUAUACGGUGCAAUAAAAUCAUGCAGAAAAUAAAUCUAACCUCAUUUUGUUGAUAGUCCUAGAAUUUUUGAGCAUCGAAUCAGAAAGCACAGCCAAGAAUGAUUUUCCAGCAACAGGCAAACGAACCACUGAAAAAUAGACUGAUAUUUUUUGUGUCGAAUAGUUUUGAAAACUUUGACGAACCUCUUACUCACGCUCUAAUAUGACUCUAGUUUAGCCCUUCCCAAAGCAAUACAAAUCAUGAAAUAUCAAUCCGCGUUUUGGGGUUUUUGAAACCACCCAAACUUUACGAUACACACACAAUCUUGUUAGCAAAACAAAAAAGCAUUUAAUCCAACUUUCUCGACACUUUUUAUAUACCCUUCCGAAACAAAAGCUACCGUAAAAUGUAUCGUAGUACUAUGUAGUAAAAUCAUUGAAAACAAAAACACAAAAUGUCGCAGUCAUAAUAAAAAACAUAGUUAAUCAUGAAAAAAAAGAAAUAAUUGAUAAUAAGUAACUUCCACUCUAACAUACAUGGAACAAGACACUUUUUAUCACGAAAACAAACUUAAAGUUGAACUAACCUCAAGAUAAAAAGUACCACAUUGUUAAUUUUUUCUCGAAGCAUCCCAAAUCAGUUGAACAGUGUUUUUAUUUCGUAAACCAAUCUCAUCAAACCAAUACUUCAUGUACCAGAACCGCAACCGAUAGAAAAAGAAGUGCUAAACCACUAACUUACAUAAAUACUAAAAUAAAAGAAAAAAAAAUAGUAUAAAAUAUCUACUUCGACUCGGGCAAAGUUUGCAAAACUGUAUUUAUUUACUAUCGACAGAUAAAAGAAAGCAUUAUAUAGAAUAGCUUAUCUGAAGAGAACACAACAUAAAACUAAAAAAACAACAAAAUUUGGAAUGAAACGCGAUUGAAGUUUGAACGGG